ACAAAUUAAGGUGGACAUGGUUGGGUAAAUGUGAGGGUGCAUUUGGGGCAGAAUUGUAACUUGGAAUUUGCAAUGAAUUGAAUGCGUUGACACGAAACCUAGAAAGUUGAAUUGUGUGCAACUCAGUUUUUCAUUCUCUGAAAUAUUGAAUUAAUUUCUUGGGGUUUGCAAUUUCCAUUUCAAUGUCCACCAAUCCCCACAAAGGUGGCUCCUUCUACGGUGAUGCUGCUCAUUAUCGAUCCAGUGAGGGACUUACCACCCGACCCGUUGCAUCGUCGGAUGAAAUCCAACUGCAUAUCGACCCGGGCAUCGACUUCGACGACGAAAUCACCGGUCUUCGUGGCCAAGUUAGAAGAUUGAGAAAUGUUGCUGAAGAUAUUGGUACAGAGGUCAAGUAUCAGAGGGAUUUUCUGGAACAAGUGCAAUUGACAAUGAUAAAAGCUCAAGCUGGAGUGAAGAAUAAUUUAAGAAGAUUGAACAAGAGCAUCGUCCGAAAUGGUGCCAACCAUGUUGUUCACGUGAUUGUUUUUGCAUUAAUCUGUUUCUUUAUAGUAUACCUCUGGUCAAAGGUGUCCAGAAAAUGAUGGCUCGUACCUGAAAGAUUUUACUCAGGGCCUUCUUGGGAUUACUCACCAGUCACUGUUAUGCCCUAAUCUUCUUGUACAUAAAAGCUACUCUACCUGUUGCAGUUUACUGAUAAAAAUUCUUCGACUUCCGAAUUAUGUUUCUUGGUCGAAGCAGUAAUUUCUUUAAGCUGUGUAACAGAAAGGAUAAUUUGUUUGUUUAGUAGAUCGCAAAAUCCUCUUUUCUCUUCAAAAUAUAAUGUUUAUAUUUGAUAAA